UAAAAUAGAAUAAAAAUAUGAAUUGAAUAGAAUAGAUAAAAUAAAAUUUAAAAUAAAAUAAAAUAAAAUAAAAUCCGUGCCAGGGCCAGCCCCAGGCUGGUCUGGUGUCUCACCACGGCUCCUUCCUGGCAGGAGCCAGCACAGCCUCUGGAAUUCCCGUUGGAAUUCCGACACCUGGAACUGCAGAGCCAACACCUGGCCGGGAGCUGCUGCACGUGAGGAGGGGAAAGCCUGGGAACCGUUCCUGCUGGAGCACGGGAAUUCGGGAAUGCUGCAGGGACAGGGCUGGGAAUGGUUCAUCUGGAGCUGGGAGGAGAAAAGUUUGGGAACUGUUCCCUGGUUCCGGCCUGGAGCGGGAAUUCCCGGCCUUGGAUUUCUGGGAACGCUGCAGGGACAGAGCUGGGCUCAGGGAAUUUUAUCUCUGGAAAUUCUCUGCACCUGGAAUUCCGGGAAUGCUGCAGGUACAGAACUGGGAAUUGUUUCUCUGGAGCCAGAAGGAGAAAAGGCUGGGAACUGUUCCCUGUUUUGGGGCUGGAGCGGGAAUUCCCGGGAAUGCUGCAGGGACAGAACUGGGAAUUGUUUCUCUGGAGCCAGAAGGAGAAAAGGCUGGGAACUGUUCCCUGUUUUGGGGCUGGAGCGGGAAUUCCCGGGAAUGCUGCAGGGACAGGGCUGGGAAUGGUUCAUCUGCAGCCGGGAGGAGAAAAGGCUGGGAACCGUUCCCUGUUUUCGGCCUGGAGCGGGAAUUCCCGGCCUUGGAUUUCCGGGAACGCUGCAGGGACAGAGCUGGGCUCAGGGAAUUGUUUCUCUGGAAAUUCUCUGCACCUGGAAUUUCUGGGAAUGCUGCAGGGACAGAACUGGGAAUUGUUUCUCUGGAGCAGAACAAGGCUGGGAAUCAUUCCCUGGUUCCAGCCUGGAGCAGGAAUUCCCAGGAAUUCCCAGGAAUGCUGCAGGGUCAGAGCUGGAAUUGUGUCUCAGGAAAAGCUGCCAAGGGGGAGGUGGAGAGCUCAGGGUGUUUCCCCUGGAUAUUCCCGGUGUGUUCUCCCUGGAUAUUCCCGGUGUGUUCUCCCUGGAUAUUCCCGGUGUGUUCUCCCAGGAUAUUCCCAGUGUUCUCUCCCUGGAUAUUCCCGGUGUUCUCCCUGGAUAUUCCCGGUGUGCUCUCCCUGGAUUCCAGGAGCUGGUGAGCGUGGAUGCAGGAGCUGCUGGAAAAUAAGAAACAAACCAGAAAUAAAUCAGAAAUAAAUCCGAAACAAAUCAGAAAUAAAUCCGAAAUAAAUCAGAAAUAAAUCCGAAAUAAAUCAGAAAUAAAUCCGAAACAAAUCAGAAACAAAUCAGAGACAUUAAACACAGCAUUCACACGCGUUUGUGCUGUCAGUGUUCACUAACGGGAUACACGGAUGACGUUUUCCUUCAUCCCAGAUCCCGGCUCUCCCGCUUUUCCCGGCGGUGCUCAGAGCUCCCCCCCGUCCCGGGCCUGUCCCGUGCCCGUCCCGGGCCUGUCCCGUGCCUGUCCCGUGCCCGUCCCGUGCCUGUCCCGUGCCUGUCCCGUGCCCGUCCCGGGCCAUCCCGCCGGAAGGAGUCACUUCCCGGCCGUGACGCUCGGGAAUGGCUCGGGCUGACUCCGGGGUCGGGAAUGUGACCGGGAAUGCCCCAGGGCCGCCUCUCCUCCUCCCCGCUUUGCCCGACCCAACGCGAUCCCUCCGGCCCUCUGCUGGCAGAAUUCCUGCUUCUCCCGGAUCCACGGGAUGCUCACACCCGGGAUUCCCCAUUCCUGCUUCUCCCGGAUCCCCGGGAUGCUCACACCCGGGAUUCCCCAUUCCUGCUUCUCCCGGAUCCCCGGGAUCCUCACCCCAGGAAUUCCCAGGAAUGCUUUGCCCUGCCCAGAGCACAUCCAGAUCCAUUUUUGGAGCCUCGGGAGUGAUUCCCCAUUUCCUUUUCUCCCUCCUUCCUUUUUAUUUUAAAAAAUAAUAUUUACAAAGCCGCGGAAAUGAAGGAAGAUUACCUCGUUAGCUGUAAUUGGGAUAAUUAUCAUAUUUUAUGAAUAUUCAUGGCGUUUUUCACCUCCUACCUUUACAAACAUUUGCAUUUUGAGG